UGCCUCUCAAUCUCCCUGUUUACAGGCCAGGGUCAGGCCAUCUGGACACCAACUGAGACCAUCAACGCUACGAUCGGGGAGCCGAUAAAGUUAUCUCCUGGCUUGAAGGCACACCCUGAAAUCAUCCAGUGGGGAUACCGCAGAUCACAGCGCGGUGCCUCGGUUGUCCUGUGUGAGAAACUGGGAAACCGAUCCCGGACCUGUUUAUCGCCAUUUGCCGCCCGGAUGGAGUUGUCGACCUUAUUCGAGCUCACCAUCUUCUCAGUGGUCAAGUCAGAUGAGGGCCUUUAUCGUGCGGUCAUCUGGUACAUCUGGGAUGAGAUGAAUAGUAAAUUGAUUGACCUCGCUGUCUUUGAAACCAUAUCCAAUGUUAGCAUUCACGUCAGCAUGGGUGCAGAUGAGGCUUCUUGCCAGCUCCAGUGUAAGACAGCCGAAGGCACAAAGCUCACCUACAAAUGGCAGUCCCAUGGGGUUGAGGUGGUCAAUGACAAACACCACAACAUCUCAGAUGGUGGCAGUAGGCUGAGUGUUGCGAUGUCAGUGGUUGUUCCUGUUGGUCAUUCCUUCUACAAGUGCACUGCAUCAAAUGCUGUCAGCUCAGAUAGCAUCGAAAUUGAUUUAAACCCAGAUUGCAGCACAGGGAAUGACCGUUUUACAUUGCCGAUCUGGGCAAUUGUUGUCCUUAGUAUCUUCAGCCUUUUCUGCAGCUUUGUAUUGUUCCUUUGUGCCUGUUUCUUCUGGUGCAGGGAUGUAAGGUGGUUUCUGCGACGCAGACGAGCUUGGUUUAAUCCGCCACAGGCACAGUACCCUACUUCGAGCACCGUAGGAGCAACACACACAAGUUCAAGGAGGAUAGAACUUGAUUGAAGCUGAGUGCUAUUUGCCAAUCAGUUCGUGAUGGUGGAGUGGAAUGCCACAGUGGAGAUUUGUGGACUGCAGCAUGAUCGUAACACAAUGAACACCACUGCGGUGGAUUCGAGGGGAUAAAAGACAGCAGAGGAAAAGGGAGUGCAUGGGGGAAGUAGGGAACGUGGGCGCGGCCAUUAUCUGGAACCACAUGAAAGAAGACUCCAUUUCAAAGACUGUCGAGGAUUUGGGAAAAGAACUCCCUCCAACUCAUUCAAUUGUGCAGUGCAUGUGUUUGGAACCAACUGAACCACCAGAAAGAUGGCCUUAAACUUGGACUGAACCUCACCAAGAAACAGCAAACUGGAGUCAAAGCUAUGUAACUGUCGACAGAAUGGAUUGGCAACUGCCUUGGAAGCAUCACAUCUGUGGCCCCUGGGCAGCUAUUUUCAGU